AUGGCCUCAUAUGCGCUACCGGCCAGUAUUCCACACUCUCACCAUGCUCCAGGCCAUAUGCAUUCCCACACGGGCUCGCCACCUUCUUUUGGCCACCUAGGCCAGCAUGCCGCACGAAAGAGGUCGAGCCUCUGUGAGCAGCCGCUCACACACAACGACGACGACGAUUACCACGACUACAACCACACCCAUGACCACAAUCAUGACCACGACCAUGAUCACGGCGAUGGUCACGGCCAUGAUCACGGCGGUCACGGCCACUCGCACUCCCAUUCGCAUUCCCACGACCACGCCCACACCCACGCCCAAAGGAAUAGCUGUUCGCACUCUCAUUCACACAUACAUGGCAACCAUAAUGACAGCUCGUCGGAGCAGGCAAAUGUCCCAUCAAAAUUUUCAAUGUCCAUUUCAACCAACCAGGGCUUUGUUGCAUCUUCCACACGGGGAGGGAAGCAUGUACUCACACCAUCGCAGGCGAGCUUUGAUAUCAAAUACGAUGCCCCUGCGCAAGGCGUCACGCAUGUCCAUGACCUCGGGUCUUCAGCUGAGCGAUCGAGGUUCACCAACUCAAUACUACCCUACACAGCCAAAUGGCCUUUGUUGCAUGCGAUUGUAACGGAAAAGGACUCGAGGAGGAUAUUUUAUUUCAUGAGUAUCAACUUCUCCUUCAUGAUGGUACAGGCGUUUUAUGGCUACGCCACCGACUCGCUUGGUCUUCUGAGUGAUAGCAUACACAUGCUCUUUGACUGUGUGGCGCUCGCCGUUGGUCUCUUUGCGUCGGUUGCGAGCAAAUGGGCACCCAAUGAGAGGUUUCCAUAUGGAUUUGGCAAAAUUGAGACGUUGAGCGGCUUUGCGAACGGCGUUUUUCUCAUAUUGAUCAGCGUCGAGAUUAUAUUCGAAUCGUUCGAGAGAAUCAUGGAGGGUCGUGCUACCAAGAGACUUGCCGAACUAUUCGUUGUGAGCUCAGCGGGUCUGGCAGUAAACUUGAUAGGUAUGUGGGCGUUUGGUCAUCACCAUCAUCAUCAUGGCGGCGAUGACCAUAGUCACCACUCCCAUGGACACUCGCAUGACCAUGCACACGACCACGACCACGGACAUGACCACGGUCACUCGCAUUCACAUGAUCAUGGCCAUGGUCACGGGCAUAGCCACGGGGGCUGUGGAGGCCACUCGCACGAUAACGAGAACAUGAUGGGUAUCUACCUCCAUGUUAUGGCCGACACGCUAGGCAGUGCGGCCGUCAUCGUAUCGACGGCCCUGACCUACUAUUGGCCCUGGUCCGGAUGGGAUCCUCUAGCAUCCUUCUUGAUCGCGGUGCUUAUCCUCGGCUCGGCCAUGCCGUUGGUUAGCUCUUCAGCACGUCGGCUGCUCCUCACGGUCCCGGAUCGGGUCGAGUACGGUCUGCGAGAUACGCUGUCAGGCAUAACAGGUCUUCGUGGGGUUGCCAACUACGCGGUUCCUAAAUUCUGGAUGGACGACCGCAGCGGCGGUGAUAAUCACGCAGCUCCAGGGGACCAUCUGCUGGGCGUCAUGCACGUGACUGCAGUUCGUGGGGCCGAUAUGGAAGAUGUUGGAAAGCGUGUUCGGUCAUAUCUUGCGGCCAAGGGGAUCGAUAUUACGGUGCAGGUCGAAAGAGAAGGCGACCCAAGCUGCUGGUGUGGCCUGAACAGGACAAUGCCCGGUCAAGGGCCUGCAGGGGGACACAGGCCAAGCUACAGUGUGCUUUAG